GAGAAAACUAUUUUUAUUUAUUUAUUUAUUAUUUUAAAAACAUGGAAGUUAGAACAGUUAAAAGUGUUGUACUUCAAUCAUUUGGUAAUCAUAGUAAUAUUAAGAUUGAAAAUUUGCCAAUAAACGAGCCAGAAAAUUUAGACGAAGUUAAAGUUGAUGUCUUCUAUUGUGGAUUAAAUUUCUGUGAUAUAAUUACACGUAUUGGCCUCUUAGGUGGUGAGAAAAAGCCACCAUUCAUUUUAGGCAUUGAAUGUGCUGGCGUUGUGUCAGCAUUAGGACCACAAAGUACGGAUAAUCCAAAUCUACCAGAAUUAAAAAUUGGCGAUCGUGUUGUUUGCUAUAAUUAUUUGGGUGGAUUGUUUCGUGAACAGAUAAUUUGUUCCAGAAAUCAAUGUUAUCCCUUACCAGAAGCGAUUAGUUUAAAACAUGGUGUCGCAUUAUUUGUAAAUUACGUAACAGCUUAUAUAUGUUUAUAUGAUUUAGGAAAUUUAAAAAAAUCGGAAAAAGUACUUAUCAAAGCCAGCGCUGGUGGUGUAGGUUGGGCAGCUACACAAUUAGCUAAAAAUAUUCCAAAUACAAUAAUCUUCGGUACAGCAUCUGAUUCGAAACACCAUGAAAUAAUAGCAAAUGGAGUAACUGCCGCCUUAUCAAAUUCUAAAUAUAUUGAACAAAUCCAAAAACUUGCACCAGAUGGCAUUGAUUUAAUUUUAGAAAAUGAAGCAAUCGGAGAGGAAUUUGUUAAAAUUCGUUCCAUACUAAAACCUCUAGGGCGUACAGUCGCUAUUGGUGCAAAUAACAUCGUCCGAAGUGAAAAUAAACUUUCACUAUUUGGUUUACUAAAACUUCGUUGGAAUCAACGGGAUAUUUCAAUCCAAGAAUUAAUGAUCCACAAUCGUUCAAUAUCUGGAUUUCAUUUAGGAACCUUGGCUAAUACAAGUCCAGAGAAAAUUCGCGAAGUAUACGCGGUAAUUUGUGAGUUAUUCAUAAAUAAACAAUUAAAACCACGUAUUGAUUCAGAAUGGGAAAUAGAUGAUUUCAUUGAAGCAACCAAACGUAUGGAAAGUCGUAAAAAUAUUGGAAAAAUAAUCCUUAAAAUAAAGUAG